AUGGAAGCGCAAAGGCGAAUACGUUAUGUAGAUGGGUUUCCAUCUCUGGCCAACUUCAUCGCAAGUGAUAGAGAUGGAACAUCGACGAUAUUCAAGAGAUUCAACCGUUUAGCAGCAAGAAACUUGCUCUUACUGCAAAGCGAACUAGCAGAGCUAGAAGCAAGACUCGACGAAUAUGAUCGCGAAGACAGUGACAGGGGUAUGGAGGUCCUGCAGUCCCUGAGAAACUGGGAGGAAUACAAGGCAAGGAACGAUAAGGAGUCGGAUCGAAUGAAGUUACUAGACAAGAUCAAAAUAACUCUAAAGGAUUACAGAGAAGCCAUGAUAUUCGAGAGCACCCUCGCAACAAUACCGCCCCCAGAUAGAAAGACGCUCAAGGCAUUUCGCAACAAUUUUUUCCACAAAGGACCUGAAAGGGCCGAGGGCUGGCCGAUGCUUGGCGGGCAUAGUUCCAGUCUGUACGAUGAUCCCGAUGACUUGGUCGUUCUACACACGGCGGAACCCCCAGACAGAUUGACCAUGUUUGUCCAGGACUAUUUUGGCUUCAUGUUCAAGGCUACUUCAAGCUCUUCGGUAGGCUAUGCGUCAGGCAAGAGGAUCUCAGCCUUCAUCUCAUACCUCAGCACCAUAUUAGCAGCAUUACUACUAAUCGGCGCCAUUGUUGUUCUGUACAAUAUAAAGACGGACAACUUGAAGCUGGGCUUGAUCGCUCUCUUCACCAUCAUCUUUGCAGCUAGCGUUGGGUUACUGACCAACGCGAGGCGAGCAGAAGUGUUUGGGGCUACGGCGGCAUAUGCUGCUGUACUAGUUGUGUUUGUGAGCGGAGAUCUUGGAAGCUAG